GUGAGAAGGAUGAACUUGAUGCUUUAAUAAUAAAUUAUCAACAUUUGGCGUCAAUUUUGUAAGGGUUAAUCUUAAAUCUCCUCGGCUAAUGAUGUCCAGUCUGUUUCUUUUUUUCGUUAGGUAUGACGAUGGAAAGGAAAUUAAAAAUUUCCUCGCUAUAUUCCAUAAUACGGGAUAAGUAACACGUAUGUUGUUUUGCAGCCAGAAUUGCUG